AUGGCCGACAACAGGUUCAAUCAAGUGCCAGCCUAUGUUGCCAGUGGAGGUUUCCCAGUAGGUCAACAAAACCCUGCUAUGAAUGGUAUGCAGGGUAUAAACCCCUACUUGCCAGGAGGGAUGCCAGCAAGCCCCAUGGUGCAGCAACAGAUGAUGAUGGCAUCUGGCAUGAGGUAUCCAAUGCAGGGCCUGCACAUGGGAGUUCCAUCAACUCCACCUCCACCUUACAGCGCUCACACCCCCAGUCCUGGGGUGACUAGCUUCCCAAGCAGACCAAGAACCUCACUGCACAAGGCCAAGAUGGGACCGCUGUCAGAUAAAGAAAGGUUCUUCGAGGAGCAACGACAGAAGAUGCGCUUGUUUGGAAAACCUGGCACUGUCAAAGUUGAUGCUGACAAGCUCAUCGGCUCAAUGUUUGGCCCAGACGUGAAACAGGCACAGGUCAAAA